AUGCUGCAGCUGGGGCUCAGCGUGCCCCGCUGCCCCGGGGGCGCGGCCGCCGCCUGCCCCAUGGCCGAGCCGGGCACGGGCGAGGAGCCGGGCACGGGGCCGGAGGCGCUGGGCUCAUCCCCGGUCACCAUCGUGGUCACGUCCGAGGCCGACACGUGGGACAUCGACACCUCCCCGGGCCGGGGCUGCGGGCCCUUCGUGGACUGGGCCCAGAUGCCGGAGGCGCAGGGCCCGGCGCGGAUCCCGCCGGACGUGCUGGGCCGGCCCCCGAAGGAGCUGAAGCGGCUGGCGAGGGAAGGCUGCUGGGCCGGGAGCCACGCGGGCCGGGCCCGGCUCUACCCCCGGCUCAUCCAGCGCGUCUCCUGCCGCCUCGUCACCCCCGACGCGCUCGUGUACCGGGACGUGGCCGGCCGGCUCUUCGGGCAGCGCAGCGUGAGCUCGCACCCCCUGCCCGAGUUCCUGGAGGGCUGCCCCGUGCCCACCUACUGCCUCAGCCCGCGCGGGGUCACGGCCCUGAGGAAGAUCCUCAUCUGCGUGGGCGCCCUGUUCCCCGACAUCACGCACAGCCCGCUGCUGCCGGCGCUGGCGGCGCUGCUGCUGCACUACAGCGAGGACGAGGCCCGGUGCUUCGAGAGCCUCUCGCGCCUCAUCGCCAGCAACGCUCCCCACGCCGCCUACAUCGACCAGUCCUUCCUGGCGCACCAGGCCUCCUGCAUGACCUUCGGGGACCUGGCCAGCAAGCACUGCCCCGCGGCCCACAAGCUCAUCGCCGGCGCCGCCGACAACGUGCUCGAGGUCUACUCGGAGUGGCUGUCGUGGCUCUUCCCCGGGCUGCCCUUGGCCUACGCCGUGCGCGUGCUGGACGUGUUCCUGCUGGAGGGCCAGAAGGUGCUGUACCGCAUCGGCCUGGCCCUGCUCAAGCAGUUCCGGCUCUCGGCGGCCCCGGCCGGGCCGCAGGGCUCCGACGUCAAGGCCGAGCUGCAGGCCUUCGUCAGGAACAUCGCCCAGCACGUCAGCGUGGACAAACUCCUGGAGAGAGCCUUCGGCAUCCGCCUCUUCUCCCGCAAGGAGAUCUGGCUGCUGCACAUGGCCAACAGGAAGGCCUUGGUGGAGAGGGGCAUCACCGUGGUGCAGAGGAGGCCGUCCUUCCACCUGGCCGUGGACAUGCAGAAGUUCAGCUCCAGCACGGUCACGGCACAGGAGAUGCGCCUCGUCUGGUCCUGGCUGCCCGAGCGCUUCUCGCUCUUCCCCCCGCUGCUGCUCUUCUCCACCUCCCAGGACGGCUGCAGCCUGCAGAGGUUCUACACGUGCUGUGAAGGCUACGAACCCACGGUGCUGCUCAUCAAAACCACCGAGGGGGAGGUGUGUGGGGCCUUUCUCUCCUCCGACUGGGCCGAAAGGAAGAAGAGCGGAGCCACCUCGGGCUUUUUUGGGACAGGGGAGUGCUUUGUGUUCACUGUGCGCCCCGAGGCAGAGAGGUACGAGUGGGUGCUCAUCCAGAGGCCGGAGCUGGCCAAGGCCGUGCCGCGCUCCCGGCAGCGCUCGCCUUCCCCCGCUCCCGAGUCCCUGCUCGGCUCCUCCCGGGACAGCUCCAGCCCCCAGCACCUGGCCGUGCCCUCGGCGCAGGGCAGAGGCCGCCUGUCCCCGUUCCUGGCCACCAGGCACUUCCUGCUGCCCUCCAAAACGGCCUCCAUGUUCAUGUCCGGCUCCCGGGACGGCAUCGUUAUCGGCGGAGGGGGAGGCCAAGCGCUGUCCCUGGACGCCAGCCUGCUGCGGGGACACACGGAGCGCUGCGAGACCUUCGACAACCCCCCGCUCUGCCGGGAGAACUUCCAGGUGCAACUCCUCGAGGUGUGGGGCUUCCAGAGCGCCUAG